AUGACUUCUAAUCAAAUCCCGCUAUACGAUGAAGAGAACGACUAUAUAAAUGAAGACCACAUCCAUGCAUUUGCCAAGGCUCUCUUGUGGGAAGAACUAGAAGAUUCUUAUGAUACAGGUUCUUCAUCCACUAAUACUAGACAUAACUCCAUUUCUGCUUCUUUAAAUAAUGCAUUAGGAAGUGUCAUAGGUGGUGGGACUCGGUCAGGAGCUGCCUCGCCACCUGUCGUUGAUGAUAUGGACAAUAAUGACCUUGACAAUGGCAUCGACAAUGUCAAUGUACAACUUAUAGAUGAUGUGGCUUUGAAUCCUACACCUAAACCAGACUUGAUCACUUCCAAAAGUGACUGGUACCCCUUAACCAAUAGAUCUGUUCCGAAACUAAAUAAAACUGGUGGUGAUAAUGAUAGUAGUAGUAAUACUACGAAACCUGUGCGGUCAAGACCUAAACCAAAAUCUACUAUUAAGACUCCAUUGGUUGAUGAGUUCAGAGCCUCGGCUGCAUACACAUUUUUCCGGUGGCCCGUGCUAAUUGGAAUACUCUUAUGGAUACUAUUCCUAUGUAUUUUCUAUGUUAGCGUACGGUUCUAUGUGGCUCUACUGGAAUACUACUUUACAUGGGUUGGUCAGAGAAGGAAACUUAGAGACAAAUUAAGGCAAUCAAAGUCUUACGAAGAAUGGAUCGAAAAUGCCAUUACCUUAGAUAAAUAUUUGGACUUGGAUAAAUGGUCAGAUAUCACCAAGUUCUCCUAUUAUGAUUCUUUUACUUUGAAAUUAACCGUUAGGAAGUUGAAGUCCUUAAGAGUGAAAAAGCAAGACCACGAACUUCUUUUAUUGCUUCAAAGUUGCUUGAAGAAGAACUUUGCUGGUAUUGAAAAUAGACAAUUAUAUUCCCAUAGAUACUACGGAACAAAGACUUUAGUCUCCAAAUAUGUUGACGAAGUUGUUGAAUCCAUUGAUUAUAUAUCAAGUUCAACAGAAAUCACCAUCGGUGAAAAGAGAAUGUUUUUCAAGCUUGUGCUGAAGAAUUAUGGAAAGACUGCAUUGUGCCUAUCAGGUGGUGCUUGCUUUGCUUAUACUCAUUUUGGUAUAAUAAAGGCAUUACUAGACAAUGGACUUUUGCCCAACAUUAUAUCUGGUACAAGUGGUGGGGGGUUAAUUGCUGCUUUAGCUUGUACAAGAACUGAUGAAGAACUCCAUAAGUUGUUGGUUCCUCAACUCGCACGUAAAAUCACUGCUUGUGAAGAUCCAUGGUAUGUUUGGAUACCCAGAUGGUGGAGGACUGGAGCAAGAUUUGAUUCUGUUUCAUGGGCAAGAAAGUCCAAUUUCUUCACUAAAGGUUCAACAACUUUUAGAGAAGCUUAUAAGAUAUCUGGAAGGAAAUUGAAUAUAUCAACAGUUCCUGCUGAUCCACAUUCUCCAAUUAUCUUAUGCAAUGACAUCACUUCUCCUGAUUGUAUCAUAUGGUCAACAUUAUUAGCGUCAUCAGCCGUCCCUGGGAUUUUAAACCCGGUAGUUCUUAUGAUGAAAAACCCUAUAACUGAUAAGGUUACUCCAUUUUCACUAGGAAGCAAAUGGCGUGAUGGGUCUCUAAGAACAGAUAUACCUGUUGACUCAUUGAACGCCUAUUACAAUGUGAAUUUCACUAUUGUUUCUCAAGUGAAUCCUCAUAUAUCAUUAUUCUUUUUUGCACCCAAGGGAACCGUCGGAAGACCUGUUGCAAUGCCUAAAAGAAGAAUCACCAAGGGGAAGUAUGCUACUCUCAGAGGUGGAUUCAUUGCUACAGCAUUAGAACAAUUGUUUAGAUUGGAGAUAACCAAAUGGUUACAAAUGAUCAAAUCAUUGGAUUUAUUACCCCAUUUUCUAGAACAAGAUUGGUCCAAUAUUUGGCUUCAAAGAUUCACAGGGUCAGUAACCAUCUGGCCACGGAAUAAGUUGAAGGAUUUUUGGUAUAUUUUAAGUGACCCCAAUGAACAACGAAUGGAAGAAUUGAUCUUAAAAGGUGAACGGUGUAUGUAUCCUCGGUUAUUGUUUGUAAAGAACCGAUUAAGUAUUGAAAGAGCAAUUGAAAAGGGUCGUAAGGCAGUGAAGAUGUCUACAGACAUUACAAGCUCUUUAAACAGUCGAAUUGGUAGUCCCUUUGCUGGUGGAGGACUUGAAGUUCAUGAUGUGAACUACGAAGAUGAUGGUGAAGAUGACAUAGGACCCAACGACAUUGAAAACUCCUCUCAAGAGGUUCAUUUUAAGGCCCCAUCUCCAGACUCCAUACCUCCACCAUUCACCGUGUAUGAUGGUUAUAACGAUGAUGAAGAUGACUUUGAUGACGAUGAUGAUGACUUUGAUGACGAUGAUGAUGACUUUGAAGACAAUGAUGAAUUUGAAGAUGAAAUGAUCUCCGAACCAAGAGUAUCAUCUACCGAAACAGAAAGCAUUCAUUCGGACGAUGACGAACGUAUGGCAAGAUACAGAAGAAACACCAUUUUAUAA